AAUUUUAAACCCUAAUUUACUGUACAAGUAAAAUUCCAUACUUGACCGUUAUUUCCUCCAAUUCCCCAUCAAUGGAGGAAGUCUGUGAAGGGAAAGACUUCUCCUUUCUGCUUCAGGAGGAAAAGAUUCUCCAAUACUGGAAUUCAAUCAAGGCUUUUGAAACCCAAUUAGCUAAAAGCCUGAACAAUCCUGAGUACAUCUUCUAGGAUGGCCCGCCGUUCGCGACGGGGCUGCCUCAUUACGGCCACAUCCUCGCCGGGACCAUCAAGGACAUCGUCACGCGCUACCAGUCGAUGUUGGGGUUUCACGUGAGGAGGAGAUUCGACUGGGACUGUCAUGGGUUGCCGGUUGAGAUUGAACUUGAUAAAAAAUUGGGGAUUAUCAGGAAAGUGGACGUGUUUGAAAUGGGAAUUGAUAAGUACAAUGAAGUUUGUAGGAGCAUUGUUACUAGAUAUGUGGAAGAGUGGGAACAAGUGAUUACAUGGACAGGUAGGUGGAUUGAUUUUAGAAAUGAUUACAAGAUGAUGGACUUUAAGUUUAUGGAGAGUGUUUGGUGGGUGUUUGUGCAACUUUAUGAGAAGGGACUUGUUUAUAGAGGUUUUAAGGAUGUACGUGAUCCUGAAACAAUGGUGUCUUUUCCAAUUGUUGGUGACCUAAACAAGGCAGCUUUUGUGGCUUGGACAACAACUCCGUGGACCCUUGUUCGAAACAAGCACACUGGAAAAAUCUAUGUGGUUGCUGAGUCUCGGUUGUCUCCACUGCCCAGUGAGAAGCCAAAGUCUAAUGUAGCAAAUGGACCUGCUGGUGAUUCCAAGAAAUUGAGUUCUAUGGUCAAGGGAUUCUCCGGUAAAAGGGCUCAAGAGGAGGGAGACUAAGUUGGAUCUGCCCAUAAUAAUGAAUCUUAUGAAAAGCUGGGUGAAAUCUUAGGGGCUUCGUUGGCAGGAA